AUGUCGCUCUUUGGCGGCUCACGAAUCGGCAGACGUGUCACCACGACCCCAUGCGGCUGCUACAUCUUCAUCCAAGACACGCCUAGGUACCUCCCUCAGGUCCAGAUCAAGGCUCACACCACUAUACUCGCCACAACAUCUCGCACCAACCUUACUCAGACCUUUGUCAACCCCACCGGCGAAGCUAUCGAUGAACUGCGCUAUGUCUUCCCUCUCUACGACGGUGUCUCCAUCGUCGCCUUCACCUGCACCGUCGGCUCUCGCGUCAUCAAAGGCGUAGUCAAGGAGCGGCAGAAGGCUCAGCAAGUCUACAAUGAAGCCAAGGCCAGAGGCCAAACCGCUGGUUUGUUCAAGCAGUCCCUUGAAGCAGCUGAUACUUUCACUACCACUAUUGGGAAUGUCCCCGCUGGUGAGAAGGUGCAGGUCGACAUCACAUACCUUGGAGAGCUCAAACAUGAUGCUCAAGUCGAUGGUCUUCGCUUUACGAUCCCAACGCAGAUUGUUCCACGAUAUGGUGAUUCUCAAUCCUUACCCUCAUCUAAUGUCAUACAGAAAGAAGGCAUCUCUUUCACCAUCGAUGCAGAGAUGCCUGACGGCUCAGCCAUCAAAUCCAUUCAGUCUCCGUCUCAUCCUCUUUCAGUGGAGAUUGGCACUACUUCUACCACGAAGUCUCAGGACCCCUCCCUCCAGAGAGCUUCAGCUACCCUCCAACAGGGCACUACCCAUCUGGAACAAGACUUUGUUGUCCAAGUAGUCGCUACAAAGCUAGGAGAACCAUCGGCUAUCCUGGAGACUCACCCCACCAUCCCGAACCAGCGCGCCAUCAUGACCACGCUUGUCCCCAAGUUCAAGCUACCUUCCGAAAAGCCAGAGAUUGUUUUCAUCUGCGACAGAAGUGGCAGCAUGGGUGGUCAGAUCCCUGGCCUCAAAACUGCUCUCCAGAUCUUUCUCAAGUCGCUUCCCGUUGGCGUAAAGUUCAACAUUUGCAGUUUCGGUUCUCACUUCAGCUUCCUCUGGGACCGGUCUCAGUCCUACAGCCAGGAAACACUCGACAAGGCUGUUCAGCACGUCGAGACUUUUGCCAGCGACUAUGGCGGCACUGAGAUGUACCAGCCAUUCGAGGCUACUUUCCAGAGGCGCUACAAGGACAUGAACCUCGAGGUCUUCCUGCUCACAGACGGCGAGAUCUGGGACCAGGAUCGUCUUUUCCAUCUUAUCAACAAGGAAGUGGCUGAUAGUAAAGGUGCUGCGCGGGUCUUUUCCCUUGGUAUUGGAGCAGGUGCCAGUACCUCUCUGAUUGAGGGUAUUGCCAGAGCGGGUAACGGCUUUGCUCAGACAGUUGCUGAUGAUGAGAAGAUGGACAAGAAGGUGGUUCGCAUGCUUCGAGGAGCUUUGUUUCCUCAUAUUUCCGAUUAUUCUCUGGAGAUCAAGUAUGACAAAGGAAAUUCUUCAACCGAAGAUGACUUUGAGUUGAUUGAGAAGGUCGUUGACGCGUUGAAGAUUGAUACUGUGCAGGAUGAGGAAAAUACCAAGGAAGUGGAGGCACCAAAGAAGCCAAUCUCUUUGUUUGACGCCUCUGCGAACGAUGAUGAUGAUACUGAGAUGGCCGAUGCCCCGGGCGUUGACAGCAAGUUCGAGCAUCUUCCUGAUGUUUCUUCCCCUCGCUAUCUUCAGACACCUGGCACUAUUCCUCCUCUGUUCCCCUUCAACCGUACCACCGUGUAUGUCCUUCUCUCCGAGGAUACUCCUUCACAGCAACCCAAAUCUGUCAUCCUCCGAGGCACCUCAAGCCAUGGCCCUCUCGAGCUCGAGAUCCCAAUCACAUUAGUCGCCGAGAAGGACUCUGUGAUUCAUCAACUCGCAGCACGGAAGGAAGUCAAGGAGCUUGAAGAAGGCCGGGGAUGGCUCAAGCAUGCCAAGGACUCCGACGGCAAACUCCUCACGGAGAAGUAUGAUGGCCACUUGUCUGACAUAGUCGAGCGUGAGGCUGUACGUCUUGGUGUCAAGUAUCAGGUUGGAGGCAAGUGGUGCUCGUUCGUCGCUGUUGAGGAGAAUGGAAAUGAAGUUGAGCGAGGAGAAGUCCAUGAGGCUGCACCUGAUGAGGCUCGACAACAUAAUAUGCCACAAAUGAUGACUGCUCGCUUCGGUGCACCAGCACCAAGCAGCGGCAAACCUUUUCUCUCGUUUCUCAGCCGUGCUCGCUCAUCAAAGCAGCCGGAUACCAGGAGUUCCUCAAGCUUCGGGGGCUCUAGUGGAGCAUUCUUGAGUUCAUCUGGAACUCGUAGCCGGGACCUUUCUUCAGCGGGUCGAGGUGGUGGCCUCUUCGGAAGUUCUGGGUCAUCCAACACUGGUGGAGGACUGUUCGGCAACUCAAGCGCCCAAGCCCGCAGUUUCGCCCCAGGCUCUAGUGCAUCAUCUGGUAGUCUUUUCGGAAACGCGCCGCCAAGGUCGUUUGGCACAGCCGAAGGUCUGUUUGGUAGUGCUUCUAUACCUCCGCCACCUCCUCCCGCUGCGCCUGCAGCACCAACUGUUCAAGUCGCAGCACUCGCGCCUCCCGCGGCUGCAGUUGAUGAAGACCUUCUUUCUCAGUAUCAAGAAGAGAUGGCUGAGGCUGCAGCUAUGCCACUUGAGGAAGAAAUGGAAGCGGAAGAGUCUGGUGAAGACAUGGGAUUCGGACUUUUCGACGACGGACCUUCCGCUCCUGCGCCAGCUACCGCCUCUUCUCUCUUCUCCUUACCUGCCUCCACUUUUGCUACAGCUUCGAAGACAAAGACCAUUAGCGACAUGGAGCCAUUGCAAGCUUUGACUACUCUUCAGACCUUUGCAGGUAGCUGGUCCUGGAGUUCCGAUUUGGAGCAUGUCCUCGGCGUGACGUCUGUCGAGGCUUCCAAGUUGACAUUUCCGGCUUCAGUCAAGGAUCAUCCCGAAAAAGAUGAUGUUCUGGCUACAGCGUGUGCCGUUUUGUUCUUCAAGAAGAAGCUGCAGGAGGAGAUGGAUACUUGGGAAAUGUUGGUUGAGAAGGCAGAGGGAUGGUUGAAGGACAACGUUGGCAAGGACGGAGUUUCUGAGCUAUUCAGUACCCUCGAGAAGUUGUUCUAG